UUUUUUUAUUUUCAAGUUGUUAUAUUUUGUUAGCGCUAAAGGCCAGCAAAUUAGUAUGUUUUAUUACAAAAAAUAUUUUAUUUGAGCAUACUAGAAAGAACUCCUUUGGUUUGAUGACAUGAUUUGUCACGCCUCUGAGUAGCUUCACACUUGAUGCCAAUUAGAUCACAUCCACAGGUACAGAAACACUGGGAAACUUUACUUCAUGUAAAUCCGUUGUCUUCCAAUGGACCAUAAGGAACAUGGAUGAGGAGGCAGCCCUCGAAAAUUACUUUGACCAGACUAUUGUUGGUUCAUCUGAUUACAUCUUUGAGGGGGAUCUGGGUCCAGCUCCACAGCUCCAGGAUUCCUCUUUCCUGUCCUCUUUAACUUCUCAGGAGAAAGAUCUUACUGAGGACUUGGACCUGAGCUUCUUACCUGAUGAACUGAGCACUCAAGAUGAGCCGCCACAGCCUGAGAAUGUCAGCAUUAAUGAGGACAGUGGCGUUUACACCGACUGUCCACAGAGAGAAUCAACAGAGGCAGAUACUGACGCCAGUAAUUCUGCCAAAAACCCCUCACAGUUCAAUCUCCCGAUGACUCCCAUGACUCCUAUGACCCCCAUGACCCCAGUGACAGAGAGUUCAGGCAUCAUCCCACAAUUACAGAAUAUUGUGUCAACAGUGAAUCUUGCUUGUCCUCUGGAUCUCAAAUCCAUUGCACUUCAAGCUCGAAACGCUGAAUACAACCCAAAGCGCUUUGCUGCAGUUAUAAUGAGGAUCCGUGACCCAAGAACUACUGCUCUCAUUUUCAGCUCUGGAAAAAUGGUCUGCACUGGGGCCAAGAGCAGUGAGGAGCAAUCUCGCCUUGCUGCACGGAAAUAUGCCCGGGUGGUACAGAAACUUGGUUUUCCUGCCAAAUUCCUUGACUUCAAGAUCCAAAACAUGGUUGGAAGUUGUGAUGUCUGCUUUCCUAUACGCUUAGAAGGCCUGGUCCUCACUCACCAGCAGUUCAGCAGCUACGAGCCGGAGUUGUUUCCUGGUUUGAUAUAUCGCAUGGUGAAGCCACGUAUUGUGCUGCUGAUUUUUGUAUCAGGAAAAGUUGUGCUCACAGGUGCAAAAGAGCGCUCAGAGAUCUAUGAAGCCUUUGAAAAUAUUUAUCCCAUCCUGAAAGGGUUCAGGAAGCAGUAGAAACACCGCACUUACACGGAAACCUGCUGCAUGUGAAUAUUUGUCUAUAAUGAUGUGCUUUGUAUCCAUGUGUUAGUGGUAUUUGAAAGGUUUGAAUGCAAUAAUUGAAUCAAACUUUUGUUAUUGCACUUUUUUUACUCCCUUUAUGUUUACUUUGUAAUGUCUGCAUUAGUGAGGGUUGCUGAGAUAACAGAACAUCCUAAAGUGUAAAUGUUUUGUUAAAAUUCAGAUUCUCAAAUGGAGACACUAAGUAUCCACUUCGUUUAUGACUAUGUUUUGUCCCUCUUGUACAUGUUGAACUGAUACUUGCUGAUGCAGGUAAAUAAACUUUGAACAUUUCUCUUUUGCAUACUA